CUCUAUAUUUAUGCGCGGUUGUGAUUGUCAGCUUUUGCAUACAUAUAUAAAAAUAGUUUGUUUGGAAGUCAGGCAUUUGAAUAAAAGCCAUCGAGUCGCCGCGCUAAAACAAGGAACCACUUCUAAUUCGUUGCGUAGUAGCGUUUGUUGUUAUUAAUUUUGUUUUUAUUAUUUUCCUGUGACUGCUGUGCGGGAGUGCGUGGUAGUGAAAGAGUGCGUAAAAAGGCGGCGAGAAAGAGCGGAGAAUGACAACGUCGACAAUUAAGCCUGCGGGCAGCGAAGAUGUCCCGCCCGUUGGAAAGGGGGAAGUGCGGGACGACUUGGCAAUGGACAUGGCCGGCGAUGUGGGAGUGGCUGCCGCCGCCAGCUUGACGAAGCGUGACUCCGAGGAGGAUACGUGGGCCUCCAAGGGCUACAGCUACAUCAAUCCGUUCGUUCAUCGCAUCGAAAUCGACAGUCACAUUGAGGUGGCCAAGGUCUAUGUGCUGACAGUGCUGCUGCUACCCAUUCGUGUGGUGGGAUGUGUCCUUUCCCUGAUCUCUGCCUGGAUGUUCGCCUGCAUUGGUCUCUAUGGCAUGACCCUGGACGAUCUCAAGGAGAAACCCCUCACCGGUUGGCGCAAACAAAUGCAAUAUAUGACGGCACGUGCCAUGCGUAUGGUGUACACAUCGGGUUCGUUUCACUAUGUUAGCAUGAAGGGCAGAGCGGCGACACCGAAAGAGGCGCCCAUUCUGGUGGUGGCACCGCAUUCCUCCUACGUGGACUCCAUCCUGGUCGUGGCCAGUGGCCCGCCCUCGAUAGUGGCCAAGCGGGAGACGGCAGAUAUACCGCUAUUGGGACGCAUCAUCAACUAUGCCCAGCCCAUAUAUGUGCAGCGUGAGGAUCCCAAUUCGCGGCAGAACACCAUCCGGGACAUUGUGGCCCGGGCUCGCUCCACGGACGAUUGGCCGCAGGUGGUCAUCUUUGCCGAAGGCACCUGCACCAAUCGCACAGCCCUGAUCAAGUUCAAGCCCGGCGCCUUCUAUCCAGGCGUGCCCGUUCAGCCGGUGCUCUUGAAAUAUCCAAACAAAUUCGAUACCUUCACUUGGACUUGGGAUGGACCUGGAGUAUUGCGCCUUCUUUGGCUGACGAUGACGCAGUUCUACAAUCGAUGCGAAAUUGAAUACUUGCCCGUGUACACGCCCUCGCCGGCUGAAGUGGCCGAUGCCAAUCUGUAUGCCAACAAUGUGCGCGAGGUGAUGGCCAAGGCUUUGGGUGUGCCCACAUCGGACUAUUCCUUCGAGGAUGUGAUCGUGAUGAGUCGAGCCCGUGACAUGAAGAUCCCCUUCCCCGGCGACAUUGUGGAGAUUGAGAGGACCAUCGAGAAGCUGGGCCUGAUCGAAAGCCAGCGAGAUGCCGAGCUGUGCCAGAGCUAUCACGGGCUGUCCAAUACGGACAGAUUGGACAUCAUAACCUUCGCCGAGCUCCUACAGAUUGAUCUCAAGAAUCCCAAUCUGCACAAGCUCUUUGCCCUGCUCGAUCACCGCCGCAUGGGUGCGGUGAGCCUGAAGAGCUUCCUGCUCUGCUCCCUCUUCUGCAAAUACAAGAACUCCGAACUAAUGACCUUCCUCCGAGCACUUAUCAAUCUCUAUAGUGAAUCUAGUCAACGGAUUGACCGGAACAGCUUUGUGCGCUUGAUGAAGCACGCUGGCGGCAAGCUCAAUGAACAAAAGGCCCAAGCGCUCUUCUAUGCCCUGGACACGGACAAUCUGGGCUAUGUGUCCUUCGAUGCCUUUGCGGAGCACACGGAGAAGCAAAAGUCAAGCUACAAAUUCCUGUACCACAAGUCGGAGCACAUACGGCGGUCCAAGGCAGCCAACUGAAGCUGUAGGCUGGAACGCCUUGAGUUAUAUAUUUCACGAGAAGGAGUUAACGAAAAGGAAAAGAGGCGGAGGAGACUCUAAGCGAAAAGUUCAACUGUCGAGUGUAUAUUUUUAAUAUUUAUUUAUAUCGUGUAGCGCCACCACCCCCUUACCCAUAUAUAUAUUGUAAUUAAUCUAAUUUGUAAUAAUGUUACCAUAGUUUUUUUUGCUUCGUUUAUUAUUUAUACUCGCGACUCUACUAAACGCAAGUCAUUUCAUCUUUGUGAUUCUUAUUACACACACCUAAAUUUAAAGCAUAUGUAGCAUAUGUAGAGGCAGGCCAAGAGCAACCACCAAAAGCCCUUGAAUAUUUCCUAUUUUCAUGGCCAAAAAGAUUAAGAAACACAAAGCCAUAGGUACAUACAUAUAUAAGAUAUAUAUAUAUAUAUAUAGCCCACGAAGCAAUGAACCUUUUGUAACAAAAUUCGCUCUCCUUCCUUAACAAGACCAAGAACUGCGAUUCCCAACCAAAACUGACUAGCCAACCACCAAGCACAUACACUAAAUGAACAUAUAUAGAGAUAUAUAUUCAUAUUGUACUAUGAUCUAUAUUUUCCAUUUGGGAAAAACAAAGCCACGAGCCAUCAAAAGCACUGUAAAGGCCUUAGCUAUUACUUUUAAUUGAGUUCAAAUGAUAAUUUCAAGUCAACAAAGAACCAGAGGCAAACACGUUCUUUCGUUAAUUUCCUUUCAAUGAUUAAUUCCGAAUUGCGUGAAAAGGCGAACUUAAACAUAGAACUUUAAUAAGUACCAUUAUUAAGCUCAAUUGUUUUUGCUGAUAUUUGAAUUGAGGGAUAUACUUUGAUCCGAUUGAAGGUUACAUAUUCACUUCUUAUAUAGUUCCUUGAGAGUUUCAGACAUUUCUUGUGCAUUUUUGUGACUUAAAGUUAUCCCACACACCUGGCACACGGAGAGCAGAGAGAUCUAUAGAGAGCACAGCCUGUACUUACUUCCACAUAUAUGUAUGUUAUAAAAAAAAACACCGAGAAUUAAAUACCCCAGAAAUAAU